AUGGGUGAAGUAGGGGGAGCAGUCAAUGGAAGAGCUACCGCAUCCGUGGAACUUCUCGAUCUCCGAGUACCGAAUCCUAGGUGGGUACGCGCGACUCCCAUGAGCAACAGAAGGUCUUCAUUCGGUCUUGCUGCUAGUGGCGACAGGCUCAUCGCUAUUGGCGGCUGUGAUGGACAAAGCUAUGUGAAAAAGAAUGAGAGGUGUUGA